AUAAAGCUCAUUACCGAACCUCAUACUAACGGAUUAAUAUAACGUGCAGUUUGUAUCUACCAGCUGUCUUUGUCAGCGGGCGUUUAGUGUGUAAGGUUCAAGAGGAUAAAUAAGUAGUAACGGUAGCUCAGGUUGGCUAGCGCUAGCAUGCUAUCCACGAGAGGAAAAUGAGACUAAUGUUAUUUAGCUCACAGCACACAUCACCGUGCCGGGCAGAGGAGAAAAUACAUGUGUACGCAUAGGUACAGAGAAGCUGAUGAACCAUGAUCACCACGGAAGCUGCAAGAGAGUUCCAGGCCAAAGAGCGCAAGUACAAAGAACAGCUGAAGAGAUGCUUAUCAUCUGCUUUAUCUGCAGACCUGAACAGGUUGCUGCAGGAGGAGCUGGAAGCUGAUGUUUCUCUGUGUGCUGGGUCAGGCUUGCUCCAAGCUCACAAAGCAGUUCUGCUGGCCAGAGCUCCUCAUGUCCUUCAGGGACAGACGUGCAAAGAUCCCACCGUCAUUCAUCUGUCUGGCUAUGAGCUGCCCGGGUUGAAAGAUUUCCUCAGGCGAGUGUACACAGCAGACCAGAGCAUGCGCUCAGCUGAAAUAAUCCCAGACGUGGAAGGCUCAGCGCCAGAAAGUACUCCGUCUGUUCCCGACCCGGCAGACCUACAUAGUUCCACUGACUCAGAUGCUGCUCUGGAGCCAGCCUCGGGCCUCGGUGCUGACUUGCUGGAUCUGUACCAGAGGGGAGAGCAGUGUGACAUCACCAUCCAAGUAGCAGAGCAGGUCUUCUCCUGCCACAGGGCAAUCCUGUGCGCGCGGUCCCAGUACUUCCGAGCCAUGCUGAGCGGGAGCUGGAUGGAGAGCUCCAGACAGUGCAUCACUCUGCAAGGCUUAGGGCCAGAUGAGAUGGAGAUCCUGCUCCAGUUCAUGUAUGGGGCCAUUGUGGAUCUGCCACCUGGAGCCAGUGCCAGUCAGGUGGUGUUGGCAGCAGACAUGUUGGGUUUAGAGGGGCUGAAAGAUGUGGUGGAGAUGGUCCUGACCCGAGACUACUGCCGCUUCUUCCCCAAGCAGACAGUAGACGGGGUUCAAAGAACAGUUCUCGAGUGUCUGUCCCUCACACACGCCUUAGGCCUUCAAAACCUCCACAUGCUGUGUAAGAGGUGGGUUGCUGAUCAUUUUGUGAAGACCUGGUGUGAGAGAAACUUUUCCCUCUUGUCCCCUGAGCUCCACGCAGCCUGUCUAGCAGCUGUAACCGAAACCAUGAAUGUGCAGAACGCAGUAACCAUGCUAUGUGGCACUGAGCAGUUGCUUGGCAGUCUCCCAGAAGUCAAGUGGGCCCAACAGGUGAGGAGUCUGGCCACAGAGCUGCAGGAGGAGAGCCUGCAGGUCAUUGUCCAGCAUCUCCCCAGAGUCAUCCGCACUCAGGGCUUUCAGGAUCUCUGCAGGAGGGAAGAGUUUACCCGUGAGCCCACGUUGUUGAAGAAGCUGUGUUCAGCCAUCAGAGAAGGGGUGACAGUGGACAACUGCUGUGAUCUUUUUGCUGCUGUGUACUUUCUGUGUGGAGAUGACCUGGAGGAGGACUCUCUCCUGGCGCAGGCAGGACAGAAACAAGAGGAGCCGUUCAGGCAAGAGAUUUGUACGCUGCGUGGUCGGCUGUGGACCUUCCUGCUUCAGACCUUUUACGCCGUCCGCCACACGCAGGGAUGGGAGACCCUGUCUUCCCAACACAGAGAGAGGAUACUUGCAGGUGCUAUUGAUAAAGGGGACAAUCGAAGACUUGGUAAAAAGCCUGUAUUCACUAGUUCACAGUCUAGGGCUGUAAAAUGCCCUUCGUCUGCACCUGAGAGUCCUCCUGUGCACAGGACCCAGAGGGUGUCAGAAACCACAACCUCUUCCUCCCGUUGCGCCGCAUCAGCCAUGAAGUCUGAUGGACUUGGGACGGCUAAUAAACCAGGAGACGGUCACACGUCCAAGGCAAAGAAUGUGAAGAAGCCAGGAGAUCGGAGUGUUGCGGCAAAAGCAAAGACGGCCUCAGCUGCCACACCAGUUGUCAAUGGCACCGGAGCAGCAGGGGCCAGGCGGGAUGCAGCCAGUGCCAACGGCCCCAGAAGCUCUCAUGGUGCGAGAGAGCAAGAAAAGAAGCCAAACCCAGGUGCACGGCCUAAAACCUCUCCCCCGAGCUGCACGUCUAUGAGCCAGACAGGGGUAAUGAAGGCUCAGAAGAGCUCAACGGGAAAGACUGACGGCACUGUUGGCACCGCCCAAGCUCAGCCCAGCGCUUCAUCGGGCAGCAACUCGCCAGAGAACGGUGCCAGCAGCCCUCGCAACGACACCCACUCCGUCCCAGGUGCAAAGCCCAAACACCAGGCUAAGACGGUGAACAAAUCCCCACUGACAAAACCUCCACAGAAAUCAGACACGGCAAAGAUCAGCAGUCCAACCAAUAAGUCAAGUGGCAGAGUCAAGACUGGUGCGGCUGAGAAAGUGUCUACUGGAGCGACAGCAGCAAGAGCAGACACCAAGGGAAGAGGCACACCAGACCACCAUGUCUCUAAGCAUGGAUCCACAAAAAAGCCAGCUUCCCCCAGGAAAGAAGACAGCAAAGAUGGGUCGAAAUCCUCAGCAUCAGACAAAGCAAGCAGUGAAACUUCUAAAAAGAAGAUCACAAAACCCGCUUCAGCGACUGGAGCCUCAGCUAAAUCCAGUGCUAAACCACCAAAAACCUCUUCGGCCCCCUCCAAGCAGUCUCCGGUAGUAGCUGCCAAGUCUGGACCAAAGCCGAAGAGUACUACUGAAUUAUCUACGGAGAAAGCGUCUCCGAAAUCUGGAGGGACUUCCAAAACCUCAGCUGCCUCCAAGAAAUCAGGAACCAAAGGAAAAGAGGCAGCGAGUGGUAAAAAUUCAGACUGUAAGACUGAACUAGCGCCAACUGAAAACACCAGUGAAGCACAUGGAGAUAGUACAGAAGUAGCGCUCUCUGACCAGCCUGCAGCAAGCGAGGGCGGAGGGGAUUCACUCAGCCUUCAACUAGAAACGAGCCCUGAGCAGAGUCAGAAGACUGAAAUACAGUCAGAAAACACCAAUAGUGCACCAGUAGCUAACAGCAUCCCGCAUGUCAAAUCUGCUAAUGCAGACACUUGCAAACAGACUGAAGGGAGUAAAGUGAAAAAGUCACCAAGCAGUGUCAUCCCAGCUCACAUCAUCGGAGGGCAAGUUCAUGAGGUCAGCUCCCCGAAUUCUCCGAGAGACGCAGAGCGCCCCGUAGACACCCCCUGCAGCAUGGGAAGCACCGACACUCCAUUAGAAGACUCCUGGAGCGGGAUCCACCAUCAGGUCAGCCCAGAGUCCGAGACCGGCAGCACACACACCACUUCCUCCGACGACAUCAAGCCCCGCUCGGAGGACUAUGACGCCGGAGGCUCGCAGGACGAUGACUGCUCCAACGACAGAGGCGUGUCAAAGUGCGGCACCAUGCGCUGUCACGACUUCUUGGGUCGCAGCAGCAGCGACACCAGCACCCCGGAGGAGUUAAAGAUGUACGAAGGCGGGGCGGGGUUGAGGGUGGAGGUGCGGCUGCGCGGGCGGGAAGCGGAGACCACCAGCGAGGAGGAGGGCGUACGGCAGCGUCCUCGCUCGUGGUUGCACAGAGAUGAGGUCGCUGUAGAGGAGGAGCACUCAGAGGUCGAGGCCACUGUGACUGUAAAAAGUGUUCCCGACCACCAGCUUUUCUCCUCUGAGGAGGAAGAGGAAGACGAUGAUGAAGAGGCGACGGAGGAUGAGAGGUCUGAAGUUGAGGUGAUUCCAGGUGAGACUGCGCUGCCGCCAACUGAACCCUCACCACUCUUUCAGGGGAUCGUCAACCUAGCUUUUGACGACGACGGUGUGGAGCAGGACAACGACCAGCCCGACUACCAGUCCACUUCCAACUUCCGCCGCUCAGUGCUGCUUUCUGUUGACGAGUGUGAGGAGCUGGGCUCGGAAGAGGGCGGCGUGCAGACUCCACCUCAACAACCCAAUGACGCUGUGACUCCCUGCGAUGUUUUUGAGUCCGACUCAGCUCCUCGGCCCAAUUGUGCCCCUCCCAGCGACCAACAGAACCACCUGCCGUGCCAACUUGAAAGUGCAGGCACGGAGCACGAAAAACACGAUGAGGAAGAGGAAGAAAAGUCUUCUGUGUUUCUUACAGAGAUCGAGGAUCCAGUGCAGGAGGAGAGCAAUGAAGUAAAGGAUGCUGAGACUAAAGACCUCCCUCCCCAGGAGCGCCCAUGCCACCUGGAUCUGCGGCACACCGAACAAUACAAUGGAGGGCUGCGCAAAAAUCACACCAAUCCCUCAGAAAACAAGAAAGCUGAUUUACAUCUAGACUUAAAUGAGCCUCAGCUGACAGGGGACUCUCCUGUACAUGCUGCACAAUCUCCAGCAGGGGACAAUGGUUGUGACAGAUUGGAUCAAACCUGCAAACAUGACCGCCGGCCAUCCAAAGCCCUAUCUCCCAUUUACGAGAUGGAUGUGGGAGAAGCCUUUGAGCACUGCUCGGACAAGGACAGGAAUGUUAAACUGAAGAAAGAGGAAGAAAAGCAAAGAGGGGACGAUGACAAAAGCAAUGAGUUUGCAGAACGGGACUGGAGCCUGCUCAGGCAACUCCUCUCCGACCAAGAGUCCAAUCUGGGCGUCAUAAACCCUGUGCCUGAGGAGCUCAACCUGGCCCAGUACCUUAUUAAACAGACACUGUCCCUGUCACGUGACUGCCUGGACUCGCAGGCCUUCCUGUCCCCAGAGAAGGAGACCUUCAAGCGCUGGGCAGAGCUCAUCUCGCCCAUGGAGGACUCCUCCACCAGCAUCACUGUAACCAGCUUCUCCCCAGAAGAUGCUGCAUCUCCACAGGGGGAGUGGACCAUCGUGGAACUGGAAACACAUCACUGACUGCACAGAGGAGAGCCUGCCGGACAGUUGCCACCCUCUAAUUGAACUUUGAACGUCUUUACAUCAACUAUGUCUUAAUUUAUUAUAAUUUAUAAUCACAUUCUUUUUUUUCUGGACUCUGCAGAACUCUGGACUUUGCAGCAUUCCCCAUCAUGCCCUCAGUGGACUGUUUCUUGACACAAAUGGGCUGUUAUGCAUGCUGAUAUUUUUGUAUGUCUGACUGUUUAAUUGAUGUUGCUUCAAAGCUCUAGAAAAGAAUAGAGUAAGAAAAAAAUAAUUUAGUUCUCAUUCAUGAAGGUCCUCUAAAGAUUGUGGACUGAAGUUUCUUAAAGAAAAAAAUAAUAUUGGCCUACUGGCUUGCAUUUAAUGUCAUAUUGAAAAUAAAGGUUUG